AUGGACUCCACAAACGAAUCUUCCGGGUCGGGUACCCGAACCCGCCGUGGUAAGAAUCCUAGUCAUGGUUCCGAUAAAGAUAAUAAUAAUUUGGAUAAAGGUAAGGAGAAAGAGCAUGAAGUUAGGGUUAGGGAUAAGAAUAGGGAUAGGGAUAGGGAGGCUGAGAGGAGUCUAGGAUUGAACAUAGAUUCUGGUGGUGGUGAGGACGAUGAUAAUGAUAGCGAAGGGGGUGUUGGUAUUUUGCACCAGAAUUUAACUUCAGCAAGUAGUGCACUUCAAGGACUUCUUAGGAAACUAGGUGCUGGAUUGGAUGAUUUACUCCCCAGCUCUGCAAUGGGGUCUGCGUCGUCGUCCCAUCAGAGUGGCCGGCUCAAGAAGAUAUUGUCCGGUUUGAGGGCGGAUGGUGAGGAAGGGAAACAAGUAGAAGCUCUGACUCAGCUGUGUGAGAUGCUUUCUAUUGGAACGGAAGAUUCACUAAGCACAUUUUCCGUGGACUCGUUCGUACCUGUGCUUGUUGGGCUGCUGAAUCACGAGAGCAAUCCUGAUAUUAUGCUUCUUGCAGCCCGGGCUCUUACCCACUUGGUUGAUGUUCUACCUUCUUCUUGUGCUGCUGUUGUCCAUUAUGGAGCUGUUUCAUGCUUUGUAGCUCGGCUGCUUACAAUUGAAUACAUGGACUUGGCUGAGCAGUCUUUGCAAGCUCUAAAGAAGAUAUCUCAGGAACACCCAACUGCUUGCUUGAGGGCUGGUGCGCUGAUGGCUGUGCUUUCUUAUCUCGAUUUCUUUUCCACUGGUGUUCAGAGAGUAGCAUUAGCAACUGCUGCUAAUAUGUGCAAGAAGCUUCCCUCAGAUGCUGCUGACUUUGUCAUGGAAGCUGUACCGCUUUUGACAAAUCUCCUUCAAUAUCAUGAUGCAAAGGUAUUAGAGCAUGCUUCUAUCUGCUUGACCCGUAUUGCCGAAUCAUUUGCAUCAUACCCAGAGAAGCUAGAUGAACUUUGCAAUCACGGACUUGUUACCCAAGCUGCCUCACUCAUCUCAACCAGUAACUCUGGAGGUGGUCAGGCUUCACUCAGCACGUCAACCUACACAGGUUUAAUCCGGCUUCUUGCGACAUGUGCCAGUGGCUCUCCACUAGGAACUAAAACUUUACUGCUGCUUGGUAUCAGUGGAAUUCUCAAGGAUAUUCUAUCAGGUUCUGGUCUUGUGGCCUCUGUGUCUGUUUCAACUGCCUUGAGCAAACCUCCGGAGCAGAUUUUUGAGAUCGUGAACCUGGCAAAUGAGCUUCUUCCUUCGCUGCCUCAAGGGACCAUCUCUCUUCCAACCAGCACUAAUUUGUUGAUUAAAGGGUCUGUUGUGAAGAAACCUUCUGCUGGUGGUUCUACCAAACAGGAGGAGACGAAUCUAUCUACUCAGGAGGUUUCAGCUCGAGAAAAAUUAUUGAAUGAUCAACCUGAACUUCUGCAACAAUUUGGAAUGGAUCUGCUUCCUGUGCUGAUCCAGGUAUAUGGAUCCAGUGUCAAUAGUCCAGUUCGCCACAAGUGUCUCUCUGUUAUUGGAAAACUUAUGUACUUCAGCAGUGCAGAUAUGAUUCAAUCUCUAAAUAACAUCACUAACAUAUCAAGUUUUUUGGCUGGAGUAUUGGCCUGGAAGGAUCCCCAAGUGCUGGUGCCUGCCCUUCAAGUAGCAGAAAUUUUAAUGGAAAAACUUCCUGGAAUUUUUUCCAAGAUGUUUGUGCGAGAAGGUGUUGUUCAUGCUGUAGAUGCUCUGAUAGUGUCUGCGUCCCAUAGUUCAGCUCCUUCCCAGCCAUCAUCUGCUGAGAAGGACAAUGAUUGUAUACCUGGGUCAUCUCGCUCUAGGCGUAAUCGACGUCGUGGCAAUAAUUCAAAUGCAGAUGCAAGUUCCAUUGAGGAUCCCAAGAGUACAGUUCCUGGGAGUGGAUCACCGCCAAACUCAUUGGAAAUUCCAAAGACCAGUUCUAGCAUUCGCAUGGCAGUCAGUGCAUGUGCUAAAUCUUUCAAAGAUAAAUACUUCCCUUCAGAUUCAGGGGCUUCUGAAGUUGGCGUUACUGAUGAUCUUCUACGAUUGAAGAAUCUCAGUAUGAAGUUGAACGCUGGUGUUGAUGAACAAAUAUCUAAAUCUAAAGGAAAAUCAAAAGCUUCUGCUCCUCGGCUUGGAGAUAUUUCUGCCAGUAAGGAAGAGACCUUGGCCGAACUGGUAGCUUCCAUGCUGGGGGAGCUCAGCAAAGGGGAUGGUGUAUCAACUUUCGAGUUCAUUGGAAGUGGAGUUGUUGCAUCUUUGCUGAACUAUUUUACAUGUGGAUUUUUUUCCAAGGAAAGAAUCUCAGAUGCUAAUUUGUCUAGGCUUCGACAACAAGCAAUCAGAAGAUAUAAGUCUUUUAUUGCAGUUGCCCUUCCUGCUACUGUUGAUAGUGGAAAUAUUGUUCCUAUGACUGUUUUGGUUCAAAAGCUUCAAAAUGCCCUAUCUUCGUUGGAGCGGUUCCCUGUCGUGCUGAGUCAUUCUUCCAGAUCAUCUACCGGAAAUGCGCGACUUUCUUCAGGUUUAAGUGCUUUGUCGCAACCAUUCAAGCUACGCCUUUGCAGAGCUCAAGGGGACAAAACCCUCCGUGACUACUCCUCAAAUGUUGUGUUGAUUGAUCCUUUAGCAAGUUUGGCGGCAAUUGAAGACUUUCUUUGGCCUCGAGUUCAGCGAGUUGAGUCUGGACAAAAGGCCUUUGCGUCAGUAGGCAACUCUGAGUCUGGGACCACCCCUGCAGGAGUUGGUGCUUCAUGCCCAUCUACUUCUACUCCGGCUUCUGGAUCUCGGCGUACACGAUCUAGGUCAGCGGUUAAUAUAAAUGACGGUGCAAAGAAAGACCCGCCACAGGAAAAAAAUGGAAGUUCUUCCAAGGGCAAAGGAAAGGCUGUUCUGAAACCGGCUCAAGAAGAUGGCAGAGGGCCCCAGACAAGAAAUGCUGCUCGAAGACGAGCAGCCUUGGAUAAAGAAACAGAGGUGAAACCCGUGACUGGGGAUUCUAGUUCCGAGGAUGAGGAGUUGGAUAUGUCACCUGUUGAAAUUGAUGAUGCUUUGGUCAUUGAGGAUGACGAUAUAUCUGAUGAUGAUGAAGAUGACCAUGAUGAUGUGUUGAGAGAUGAUUCUCUUCCUGUUUGCAUGCCGGACAAAGUUCAUGAUGUUAAAUUGGGUGAUUCUUCGGAGGAGAAUCCUGCCGCACAGACGGCAAAUGAUAGCCAGACAAAUGCUGGUGGUGGUUCUAGCAGCAGAGCUGCUUCUGCUCAGGGAUCUGAAUCCGUUGAGUUCAGGAGUGGGAGUUCUUAUGGUUCAAGGGGUGCAAUGUCAUUUGCUGCUGCUGCCAUGGCCGGACUUGCAUCUGCUAAUGGUAGAGGUGUGAGAGGUGCUAGAGAUCGCCAUGGACGCCCUCUCUUUAGCACUAGUGAUCCGCACAGACUUGUAUUUUCUGCAGGUGGAAAGCAGCUUAAUAGGCACUUGACUAUCUACCAGGCUAUCCAGCGGCAGCUUGUCCUUGAUGAGGAUGAUGAAGAGAGAUAUGGUGGCACUGACUUUGUAUCUAGUGACGGAAGCAGACUUUGGGGUGAUAUUUACACUAUCACAUACCAAAGGGCUGACAGUCAAGCAGAGAGGUCUACCAAAGGUGAUGGGAGCUCAACUUCCACCAAGUCUAACAAAGCUAGUUCUUCAGCAAGUGCCAGUGCUGAUCCCUCAUUGCAUCGAGCAUCAUUGUUAGAUAGUAUAUUACAGGGAGAACUUCCUUGUGAUAUGGAAAAAACCAAUCCUACUUACAACAUUUUGGCCCUGUUACGUGUACUGGAUGGAUUAAACCAGCUGGCCCCACGGUUACGGGUCCAGUCAGUUAUUGAUGAUUUUUCUGAAGGGGAAAAGUUGAGUUUAGAUGAGCUCAGUGCUGCUGGUGUCAAAAUUCCUCCGGAGGAAUUUGUCAACAGUAAGCUCACUCCAAAGUUGGCCCGACAGAUUCAGGAUGCUCUAGCCCUUUGUAGUGGGUCUCUUCCAUCAUGGUGUUAUCAGUUGACAAGGUCCUGUCCAUUUCUUUUUCCAUUUGAGGUUCGACGCCAGUACUUCUAUUCAACAGCCUUUGGAUUAUCUAGGGCUUUGUAUCGGCUUCAGCAACAACAAGGUGCGGAUGGUAAUGGAUCUACCAAUGAGAGAGAAGUUAGGGUCGGGAGAUUACAGCGCCAGAAAGUCCGUGUCUCUAGAAAUCGCAUUCUAGAUUCUGCUGCGAAAGUAAUGGAGAUGUACUCCAGCCAAAAAGCUGUUCUUGAGGUUGAAUAUUUUGGUGAAGUUGGCACUGGUUUGGGUCCAACUCUGGAGUUCUAUACCCUUUUAAGUCAUGAUCUGCAAAAAGUUGGACUGGGAAUGUGGAGGACGAGUUCCUCAUCAAGUGAACAUUCAGUGGAAGUGAGCGUGGGUGAAAAACUGAACAGGGAAGAUAAAGAACUUGUCCAAGCACCUCUUGGAUUAUUCCCACGUCCCUGGCCAUCGACUGUUGAUACUGCUGAUGGAAACCAAUUCACCAAAGUAAUAGAAUAUUUCAGAUUGCUUGGGCGUGUGAUGGCCAAAGCACUUCAAGAUGGGCGGCUUUUGGACCUCCCUAUGUCAACAACUUUCUAUAAGCUUGUCCUUGGCCAAGAGCUUGAUCUGUAUGAUAUUCUCUCUUUUGAUGCCGAGUUGGGAAAGACUUUGCAAGAGUUGCAAGCUCUUGUUAGUCGGAAACAAUAUAUAGAAUCAAUGGGAGGCCUGGGCCAAGACAAAAUUAGUGAUUUGCAUUUUCGUGGGACUCCAGUUGAGGAUCUUUGUUUAGAUUUCACGCUCCCAGGCUAUCCUGAAUAUGUUCUGAAAGCAGGCGAUCAGAAUGUGGAUCUUAGUAACUUGGAGGAAUAUGUUUCUUUGGUGGUUGAUGCCACUGUGAGGACUGGAAUUGGGCGGCAGAUGGAAGCAUUUAGAUCUGGCUUCAAUCAGGUAUUUGACAUUUCAGCUCUGCAAACAUUCUCUCCUUCUGAGUUGGACUACCUGCUUUGUGGCCGUAGAGAGUUAUGGAAGGCUGAGACUCUUGUAGAUCAUAUCAAAUUUGAUCAUGGAUAUACAGCCAAGAGUCCCGCUAUUGUUUAUUUACUAGAGAUCAUGGGAGAGUUCACUCCUGAGCAGCAACGAGCGUUCUGUCAGUUUGUCACUGGUGCUCCCCGGCUUCCUCCAGGUGGUCUGGCUGUGCUCAAUCCUAAGUUGACAAUAGUGAGGAAGCAUUCAUCUAGUGCUAGUAAUACAGCAUCAAAUGGUAAUAUGCCAUCAGAAUCUGCAGAUGAUGACCUACCUAGUGUGAUGACAUGUGCUAACUACCUGAAACUGCCUCCCUAUUCUACUAAGGAAAUCAUGUACAAGAAGUUACUCUAUGCGAUCAAUGAAGGCCAAGGAUCCUUUGAUUUAUCAUAAGUCACCUGACAAAUGGACUUGUGAAUACAACUGUGAAAUUGUUGUGUCUGGUCCUCAAUAAAGGCGGCUCUGGCCCAUGCUCAACUAGCAACACCAAGCUGACAUUGGAGCCUUGCUUCGGCCGUGUGAUGAUGGGAGAUUUUUUCUGCGGGGGUUCUAUGCUGCAAAUGCUUGUAAAUAUGUAGGAAGAUUGUUCUUUCAAUUUUGACGUUUUAAGGUCGUGCAGCACAUACAUGUAAGGGCAUAGUGUGGCCUUUUUUUUCACUUUGCUUCUCGCAGAUAAAAGGAAUGUUGUACUUUGACAUUUCAGUUACUAGUAAUAUGCUCCAAUAAAUUGGCCAGCAUAA